GUAUGCUGGCAUACAGCGUAUCACAGCUCGCAACAUAUAACCCAAUCAAUCAUCGUUGUUGGUAGAAUUAGGGGUUUCUCUUUGGUGAAUUUCUAAUUUCUAGGGGCUUAAAAGGGAUCUUGAAUCUCUCUCUCAACUUGUAAGUCAACAAUGGCACCUCUUCCUGGACUGUACUCUGGAACCAGCACCCUUGCUUUGGUGGCUCGUACCUCCGCAUUCACAUUUGGACUUGUCUAUGGUAGCAUGAAGCUCAAGUAUCUCAAGGUUAAGGCCAAGUCUCACCAGAAAGCUGAAGCUAAGGCACAUCACUGAGAAGGAGAGCAGCAUGCUGCAUCUGCGGUCUGAUAAAAAUAAUAUAUGACACACAUUUUUAUCAAUUGCCUGUUGCUUAGAACUAUCAUUUUGGACUUGUAACUGUUCAAUUUUGUAUUCAAGAGUUAUCAAAUGUUUUUAUGAUUUAAUGAGUAUAAUGGUGGUCCAAUUUUGAUGGACUGCAUUGGACUACCAGGGCAAAAGUGAGCAAAAUAAUCUUCUUAUAUUCAACUCAUCCUGGAAAAAGCUUAUUUAGUUUGUGGUUGUUCGACAAAUGAUGAAUGUAUAUAUGCUUGAUUUUCUGUCUUGA